AUGCCAGGCAACUGGUGGGAGGAUGCACAACUGUCGCCGAGAGCCAAUUCCACUGCGUUGGAUUGUACGACAUCGGAUCGUAGCGCAUCGAAUGAGAGGUGGAUUGGCAGCAGGCAGUCAAAGCUCGAUGAGUGCAGCAAGCCGAGCUUGUACGUUGAAGCUUGUAUCUGUGACGGGGACGUGUGCAAGGUCACACCCGACGCGCGCCCACCUCUCGACACUCAUCCACCUCUCGACGCCCACCCAUCUCAACACACACCCACCUCUCACCGCUUGGCCAUGUGCUACAAAUACGAACAUUUCUACAAGUGCGGAGCCCCUUCUCCGCCUCGCAAGCCAAAGUAUUUUGAGUGCUCGCUAGUGCAGCGCGUCUCCGGUAGAAUCGUGAGAUGUGCGGAUCCGUUUACGAUGAGAUACACGGUCGAUAGGUGGUGUGGGGUGUGCUGCUUGAAAAGGCCGAAGGAUCGUCGCAAGGGUCAGGCCGGUUUUCCAACAUGUGAUGAGGCCCGCCCCGCGUCCCCCGCGCUCUUGCUGUCGCCCCACUCGCUCUCCCGCAAGCCGUCUGGGCUCUCGCCCAGCGGGAGCUCGCUCGUCAUGGCCCCGACGACAUGUCCGACCGCGGAAAGAUGA